UGCUGUAUAAGCUUCUAAUCAUGUCGUGCACGAAAUCAAAUUUGGUGGACUAUCACAAUUUGUUUAGAAUCAUUAGAGAAGAUUUUCAGUAUGUGUGCGAGAAAGGUCACAAGUACAGUAUCUUGUUCAUGGGGUCUGUGGGGUUCGGAAUGAUGAUAUUCUCUAUUACUGCACUAUUGUGGUAUUUAUCUUUUCACAAUCCAGAACUAAGUGGGAAGCGCCCUUUACCCUUCCCGUUCUGGGCAUUUGAAACGGAUUUCGGGAAGUCACCAUUGUAUGAGAUAUGCUUGAUUUAUUCAAAUAUGUGCGUUGUUGCUUAUAUUUCGAAUUACUUGUUUAUGAUGCAGAUCCAAAUAUUAUGGAUAGGCGAGAUUGCUACCAAAGCGGACCUAGUUAUUUGGAGCAUCGAAGAUCUAAUGAAAGGAAUCCGUCCAGCGGUCAACAAACGGGAACGAGAUUAUUUUUCAAAUUUAAUCAAAUACAGAAUGUCGGAAAUUUUACGGAUGCAUCAUUCAAUGAUUGAUCUUAUGAUGUACUACGCUCGGGUUUACACAAAAUUGUUAAUGUUCGAACAAAAAGUUUGUGCACCCGUGGUUUGCCUGAGCGCCUACUGCACUACAGAGAAACUUCAAGAUGGUGAAUUUAAUGCAAUAUCUUUGCUGUUAUGUAUUGCAACGAUAAUAUCCGUGUUUAUACCGAGUUACUUGUGCAAUUUCCUGUCUCUGAAGGUAAGUUCGAUUGGCUUUGCGUGUUGGAAUAUUCCGUUCUGGCAAGCGUCCCCAGUGAUACGCCCCUACUUAGUACUCAUUAUGCAACGGUCUUUGCGACCCCUGCCCAUUAAAGCGCCCGGCUUUGAAGAGGUAUCUAUUGAAACAUUUUCAAACAAAAUGGCUUCAGCGUAUUCCUUCUACAACAUGCUCAGACAAGCAAACAUUUAAGUUCAAUAUUUAUUACAAUACAAUAUUAGGUACACCUAAAAGAAUAGUAGAAAAUUGUUGGUAGGUACAAGAAUAAUAAAG